AUGAAAACGAGAGAUCCUUAUUCUUUGGUCACUGGCUUGAUGUGGUACUUUCCGCACCUCUUGCGCAACGACGGCAGUGGAUUUAGACACUGGUGCGAGCAAGGUGACAAACUCGACAGAUACUCGUGGCUCGAGCAUGACGGACGAACGUUCGGUGUUCAGGAAAUAGUGGAUAGGUCUGUGGUCAUAAGAACAACAUUUGUGAAGAAGCCCGGUGGUUACUACGGUGGCGACUGGACCGCGAGAAUUGCAGUAUCGUCGGCGAAGCAACAGAACGACGAAGAAGUAUCGUUACUAUUUUACACCGCUAUUACGGAAGAUACAAAAGGUUGGAUAAAGGCUAAUCUAGGAAACUACGAUCGUUUAACAGGAAUAGAAGGAAACACACAGGGAUUGGGAUCGUUUGCCAUAAAUUUAAAUUUAAUAAAUGGCAGUUUGGAGGAACAUUCCUUUCUAGCGACAACCGCUCCCAGUUGGAACGUAUUGAAAGAAACGGUGUUGCAUAAUCUUCGCGUAACCGCUCAGAAAGGAUCCACCAAAAAGCACAUAGUUUUAGCGGGCGAGCAACUAGUCUUGUCGACCGAAGGCAAGAAAAUGAAUCCGAACUUUAUUGUUACUCAGGUGACGGGAAAAGUUCCGUUCGAGAUCGAGGUCAGUUACGAAUCCGGCAGUUUUACCAACAGAAUAGGCAAACUGACGGGCAAGGAUUACGACGAGGCUCUCGAGACACAGAGGCAGCUGUUCUCGAAGAAAUUCGAAAGCGUUUUCAAUCUGAAAUCCAAGGGAUACAAGGACGACGAAGUGGCCUUUGCGAAGGCGGCGUUUUCGAAUCUCAUAGGUUCGAUAGGCUACUUUUACGGAACUUCGAGAGUGCAAAGUACGCACACGGAGAAGCCCGUGCCUUACUGGAAAGCGCCUUUGUACACCGCUGUACCUAGCAGAAGCUUCUUCCCGCGCGGUUUCCUGUGGGACGAAGGUUUCCACGGUUUACUCAUCUCCAUUUGGGACUUGGAAAUCGAAUUGGACAUUAUGAAUCACUGGUUCGAUUUGAUAAACGUCGAGGGCUGGAUCCCCAGAGAGAUGAUACUGGGCGAAGAGGCGUUGGCCAAGGUGCCAGAAGAGUUCGUGACUCAGUUCAAUACGAACGCUAAUCCGCCGACGUUCUUCUUGACGCUAGAUUUUAUGCUCCAGCACAAGGAAGAAGAAUUGCUGAGAUAUCUUCCGUUGCUCGAGAAACUGUAUCCGCGAUUGGAAGCGUGGUUCGCGUGGUUCAACAUCACGCAGGUCGGCCGACUACCCGGUACUUACAGAUGGCGAGGCAGAGACCCGGCUGCUGUGAGAGAAUUGAACCCAAAGACGCUUACAUCCGGCUUGGACGACUAUCCCAGAGCUUCCCAUCCGACUGUUGCCGAACGUCAUGUCGAUCUGCGUUGCUGGAUCGCAUUCGCCGCUCGUGUCAUGGACAGAAUUUCCAACUUGCUGCACUACUCGGUCAGCAAAUACGACGAUACGUUUCGUUAUUUAUCCGACAAUAACUUGCUAAACAAACUGCACUGGUCGCCGAACAGGCAGGUAUAUUCCGAUUACGGUAUGCACACCGACAAGGUGGUUCUGCAAAAACCUCCGCCACCGUUAUCCGCCAAACAAUCACGAUCUCAACCCGCGGAAAUGAUUCGCAUCGUAACGGAAGCGCCAUCCUUGAAGUUCAUCGACACGACUUUCGGAUACGUGUCGUUGUUCCCUUUCAUCUUGCAAAUCGUCGAUCCCGAUUCGCCGCAAUUGGAGGAUAUAUUACAGGAUCUGCGGGAUCCCAGUCUACUGUGGACCAAGUACGGACUACGCUCGCUCGCAAAAACAUCGCCGUUGUACAUGAAAUAUAAUACCGAGCACGACGCGCCUUAUUGGCGCGGACCUAUCUGGAUAAAUUUAAAUUAUUUAACGGUACGCGCGGCGCAUCAUUAUUCAAACGCGAAAGGUCCGUAUCAGGAGAGUGCGAAAAGAGUGUACGAGGAGUUGCGAAAAAAUUUGAUACAGAACAUUAUCAAGCAGUACAAAAUAUCUGGAUAUCUGUGGGAACAUUACGACGACUCCGACGGGGAAGGCAGAGGAAGCCAUCCUUUCACCGGCUGGACUUCCCUGGUCGUACUACUUAUGGCGGAAAUUUAUUAG